AUGUUUAAUGAUGCAAUGAAAUCUGCUUGGGAUGAUGCAGAGGAUAGCUUUAAUUGGGGGAAACCAGAAUUGUUCUUUUUCCCCAUAAUGCAAACAAACUGGUGUUAUGUGUUGUGUGUGGAUCUGAACGGCAGAAGGUGUGACAUUCUGGACAGUUCAUCUGCGAAAGCCAAGAAUGAAGAGCGAUAUGGAGAAAUGCCAUCACUAGUGCUGAAUAUGUUGGCCGAUUUCUUGGAGCACCAUGGAUUUAGAAGCAAGGCAGCCUGUAUACGUGAACUUCAACCUAAAAGAAUUGGGCUACCUUGGAGGGAUGCAAAGCAAGUGUAUGACUACGGGGUGUCAACAAUGCGUCACAUGGAGACAUACAUGGGAGAGGGAGCGAAGGGAUGGGAUUGUGGUCUGUCAAAGCUAAAUCACAAGCCACUUUUGGUCCUACGUAUGAAGUACUGUGCAGCAAUUUUACUCCACGAGGUGAACGAGUUGAUGGAGAUGGUAGAAAACGAGUCUUUGAAAAACGAUAAGAUGCUUAAGGGGAAGAAUGUUGAGUGAAAAGCAAUUUUAAUCCUCUGACUUCGUGUUGUUGACGGGGUGUUUUUUUUAUUGUUUUGAGAACUAAGGGUUUUUGUG